AUGGCGCGGGGCCACCGCCUGGAUGAGACAGAGCAAGGUGCCACGUUGCAACAGAAAGACAUGGAAAUUCGGUGCAACGGAUGUGCCCGAGACGCGGGGUCCUCGGGGCCCUCGGUGAAGCGAAGACUUUUGGGUGCCCAUGCAGGGAAUCCACUGGUCAUCGGAUUUGGGAAGCUGAAGGUGCAGGAUGCUCCGACCGUGGAGGAAGUGGAGGAUGAUUCUGUGGCAGGGAAGAACUUUGCCGAGAUCUUUGGCGCAGACGCGGAUGACGCGGAUAGCGACUUCAGCGACAGUGACGAGGAAGAGGAGGAGGAGGCAGUUGAGGCGGACGCCUCGGACUCGUCGACCUCAGAGUCGGAGAAGGAGGAAGGCUUCAGAGGGCUUACUCCCCAAGCGCUGAUGCUGCUCAUUCGAAAAGCCGUCGAUGAGGAGGACGAAGACACGGUCCGCAAAGCCUUGCGCGUAGCAUGGAGUGAGGGAGCGCAUCCAGAUGAGAAAGAUGCUGAAUUCCUGUCCCAAUUGCGGGAUUGGUUGGGAGAGGACGAAGCUCUGAACGCUCUAAUUCUUCAAAACGGCCUGCAGAGAGAGAUGGCUAUGGAAGAGGUCUAUAUUCCAUGCGCAGCGGAUUUCUCAGCCUCGGGUCCUGAGGCCCUUGGCGAAGGUACUUUGAUCGCCCGUGAGGUGAAGAUGGCUCCAGAGGCCUUCAGCUGCAAUGGACUUCCGAGCGGGCUGCUGGUGAUGCGCUCCUAUUACUUCGAGGAGAAGCCAGAAGAGGAACCACCGCGCGAAGUUGCCAAGCAAUCCAAGCCUGUCCCUCAGUACCUGGGGCUGAAUCUCGAGGAGCACCGUGACUUCUUUCACGAAGCUGCUUGCACGUUGGAUGACCUCUUAACGAAGAAUUUUGGUGUUCAUUUGCCGCCGCAAGAUCUGAUGUGGCCCUCGGAGCCGCUGCACAUGACCACCUUCUUCCUGGGCGGCGCGCAGCAUGCGCAGCAUGCGCAGCCCGGCCCCGGGGACCGGGGCAUCGAAGGAAGCAUUUGGGAGCUACAGACUGCACAUUUGAUCUAUCUCGAAGGUGCUUUACUGAUGAUGUCCUUGCGGGUGCCCGACGCCCUUCCGCUGGAUGUGGGUUGCUUACCUCACGCCACGCUGCUGUGUGGCCCUGGUUUCGCACCACGAGAUGCCAACGAAGUUCUGGCGCGGGCCACAGACUUGGGAUGGUUGGAUGACGUGGCUCAACUUAGCACUGGAUGCCUCGACGUCUUGGGCUCGGUCAGAAAUCUCUACAUCCAACCCUUUCCUGACUUCGUGUUGCCAGCUCGGCUGGAAGCUUUCUGGUCUCAGCCAAAAAACAUGCUGGGCUGGGUGGGGUGGGGUAUACCGCACAUUUGUGGGGCAGUUUUCCAUGGGAAACCCAUGAAUUUCCGGUGA